UAGCAUUGACUUUUUGUAUUUAUACAAAAUUGAUAGUAUUUAUAGUUCUUAGAGAACUGAAUAAUAUUUGCUUGCAAAACCAUUUUAUUUCAUAUAAAGAGAUUUCAUUUCAUGAAUCUGUCAUAAAAUUCGAAGAAAGAUUCACAUUUCAUACCUUCAAAUUCAAAAGACCAACAAAACGAAGAAUCAUAUUGGCAGACUAAUACGAAUGAAAACUUAAGGUAAAUCUAUAUAAAAUAUCGAAUAGCAUGAUAAUAUAUAUAUAUAUAUGUACACAGCUUAAAUAAAUUCGUUUGGAUACAAUUUAUACGUUUUUAGGCAAUAAUUGACUCAACGCGCGCUAAAAAUAAUUUAAUUUAAUCUAAAAAGAAUUCCGACCUGUACGACUACCAUAUUUAGGAAAAAUUUCAGUGACACCCUCUUUUCCUCCAAAAGUCACUUUAAACAAUUGCCAUUCUAAAAGAUCAGCUUUCCCUUCUCCAUAUAGCAGAUGAAAAAAAAUUAAAUCGAUAUCUUCAUUAAUUUCUAAGCAAACACCUUGUAACGCUUCACACGUGACACGCUGUGUGUACUUUUCACGUUCUAUGUUUUCUUAAUCACUAAUUAAAAUACUCGGUUCGUAAUCUUUCCGCGCGAUUUCCAAUGAAAUUGAGGGAGAAUGCAGGAUGGAACAUCGCGAACUCUUCACGAAUAGAAAGUGCAGCAUUGACAAUCGAAAUAUGUUUCCUCUUGAAGGAGUCGAUGAACAUAAAACGAGAGAAUUUUAUGAAGCUUAAAAAACGAGCCUAAAGUGCAUUACACAUUACAAAAAAAAAAGAAGCAUCCUUUCGCCUUACUUAACGAUCUCGUGUAGCAGUGAGAGAUUGACGAAGAAAAUUGCAUUUCGCGCAAAGGAAAAUGUAACGAAGUCACCGAAGCUCUCUACAGAGGCGGUUCGUUUUUCUUUUCUCUCGUAGAAUCGUGUCUGUUGUUUUCAAUGUUGGGAAACGUGGACACUUUUACUCUGUGUAUCUUGAAAACACGAUGGGAAAAUUAAAAUGGAAAAUUUCAAGAGACAUCCCAAAAAUCCGUGGUUCUAUGGAGAAUUUGAUUUCGAACGUCUUAGAAUAUCAACGACCAAAAGCUAUGAUGAGAGGUCCAUAGUUCUUCAUUUACAGGAUUUUCGCAACAGUGAUCUUAGCGUAUACUGCUGUCAAAUUUUGUGGCAUUUCAUUCGAGAAAUUAAUAAGAAUCGUUGCUACUGCACGGACAAAAUUGCUGUUUUUAACCCUUUGUACUCGAGGACAUAGGAACUUGAGUUGAUUUUGAGAAUAUUAAAUUUGGCAUAAAAUAAUUUUACACUGAAAUUAAUCUAAGGAAACGAUAUACUUUAAUAUUUUAAGUAUCCUUGCAUCUUGAAAAAAAAAGAUACAAACGUUUUCAAUAUUGAGUUCUGUAUUUUUUCUUUGGAUGGUAAUUUAUAAAACAUUUAUCAAAAUGAAAUCGCGAAUCAAAAUUAAUCUUCGUUUGGACAAAUUACACUUUAAAAGUCGAAUGCAAAUUAGACAUCAAAUUCAAGAUAAAGAAAACCUUAUUGUUAUGUCAUGGUAUACCAAUUUUUAGUUCCUAAAAAAACACACGAAGAACUCAGGAACUGGGAUUCUGAUUAACAUUCAACGAAACAUAACAGACAAAAUUUGUUACCUCAGUCGCCAUUCUAAUUUCCGCGUAAAGUUCAACGAUUGAGGGUUGCUACUCGAGUGCAAAGGGUUAACGUUUGUAAUAAGCCAACGCUAAGUUACGAUGCCAUGAAGUAUUUUUUAACUUCGAGGUUCGACGAUCAUCAAUUCAUCACCCUGGCGGUCUACUCUACCCUAUGAGAUCGAGAUUAAUUUAAAAAUUGCUUUCCUUCGAAGUUUGUAUUUAUACCUUUGCUUUGGGAGAAACGUUUAUAUACAUAUAAUAUUUCUAAUACCGUAAAACGGGGUGGCAUUGUCUGCUUUAUUUUUCAUUCAAUUUUUUAACAUGCUCUGGUCAUAAAUAUGCCUAAUAAUAUGAAUAAAAGAUGGAGUGGGUAAAGUCACCUUCUAUGACCUUAAUUAGGGCUUAAUUAAGCGAGACUUCAACUAUCGUACAAGUUCUUAGAAAACAAAUUUUAAAAGUUCUUUCAUGGGCUGAUUACACGUCGGUCUUCUUCUUAAGUAGAAGGAAGGAUAAAAGAAAUCUUAGACCAACUAAUUGCUUAUUUAAGAACAUCUAGAGACUCAAUUUCAAACAAUCGAAAAAAGAACAAAUCAAAAUUUUUGCGAAAAUUGUAUAAGUGAAGAUUUUUAGAUGUCUUCGUCGGUUAAGACUUUUCUUCAGCCAGUAUCGAUCAGCAUUGUUCUAUCGCAGCCUAAGUGUCAAAUUCUAUAAAAAAAUCAGCUUUUUAGGAAUUAAACUUGCUGUCUGUUUCGGACAACCUAUAUAGCACUUUUUUUCUAUGAUUCCUAACAAAAGCUUUCCCAACGUCCGUAAUUGCAGUUUUCUUAAUGCUACACAUCUGAUGUUAUAGUGCUUUCCAAUUCAUGAAUCAAUUAAUACCUUAUUCCUCGUGUUGGACGUACACGAUUCUGCUUUGACGUUAUUUGUUUAAUGGUAAACUGUGAUGGUUACAUUUAUUUCUAAAGUUUGACAUUAUAGAAGAACGUUUCAACAGAAUAAGGCAUAAUCUACAAGGACAUUGUAGAUAUUUUAUACCCACAAUAGAAAGUUCAAAUAAUGGACUGUUGUGAGGGUAGAGCAUUUGAGUGACGAAGGUUCCACUGCACUGCCUGUGGAAUGAUAAACAAUCUUAUCUUUGAACAAACCUCUACAAUCGUAAUUAAAAUUUACAAUUUCUUUUUUGCCAGUAAUUCCUAAGAAAUCUCAUGAGCUUGAUAAUCGCGAUUACCUUUACCAAUCCUUUCGUGAGCCCUGUCGCUGCUCUAACCUUAAGAUUCAACACGAUAACUCAUACAAAAAAAAAAUACAAAUUGUUCUCUGGAAAUUGGACAAAGUCACCCCAUCUCGCGGUAUCUGUACUCCACUUUCGAAAAUGGUUUAUAUCUCGCAACGUUAGCAAUGACGAAACGUGCAAAAUCGCAAGAAUUCUUUUUAUAUUUAAAAAGAAUAUAUAUAUAUUCGCGUCUUGCAACACUCGCAAUAGCCACAAUCGAACAAUCGUGAUACCGUAGAGCUAUUGCGAGACACCGAAUUCAACGAAUGAAGUUCAGUCACUCCGAUAGGCUAUCUUAUUGUUCAUGUGUCGCUUUGCGCAGUAAAACGUGUUACCGUUCUUUAUGGAAAGUACUGCGAGCACCAUGAGAAGAUGAUGUCAAUUCGAACCGAAAAUUUAACGAAGCAAAGUAAAACAAAAUGACGAAGAUAAUUACAAUGCAAACGAGAAUUUGAACUACUUACGCUAUUCCUGCAAUUUAUGCAAUUUCAUAUUUUUCUACGCCACUCAUUCUACCCUCCCCCUCCGCCCGUCCUCAACCGUAAAUUCUUAUCACGCGUUGGGACAAGCGCUGUCCACGGGUGAAAAACCUCUUACGCGGCUUUGACCACGAUUGCGUCUGACGACGCGACACGUUCACGCUCAGCGAGCUCUGGAUACAUAAACGAAACUUCAUAAAAAAUAAAUGAAGUCGUCCCCAACUACUGUUCCGUUUAUUCAACGCGAGCGACCAGUCGAUACGCGCGACUGAUGUUUCAUCGACUAUUGAAGAUUUAAAUUUGUUCCGGUCUCCGUUAUAUCUUCAUGAGAUCAUUGCCAAUGUACUGGCGAUGCUUCCAUGAUGAGAAGUGAGAUCCAAACACAAUCUCAUUCAGACUAUCUUCGAUUACAAGCAUUGGUGCAUUCGUGUAAUUGAAUAUAGCUUGAAGUCGUAUUCAGACUCAAUUUUGCUAGAAUUUCGUGUGGGGGUGUAAUGAUCAAUUAUUUUGUGGUCAUGUACAGAAUAGUACAGCUUAUUAAAUAAAAUUAUAUAAAACUACAUAAAAUUAAAUCAAAUAAAUUUAUAUACCGUCAGUUCCAUAAAUAUUCGUAUCCUCUAUCUCUAUUGAACAAAUUUGUUUAAAUUAAACGGUAGGUUUGAUGUUUCCAAGUGUAUGCUUGCAUAAAUAUGUUGAUGUAUGUAUAAAUAUAUACAUGUAUAAUGAAAAUUAAUAUUAAUAAUAUUUAUAACGAAAAAUUCAUUUGGUAAUAUCAAAACUAUUAUUUAAUUUAGCCAAACUUCUUCGAUAGACAUAUUGAUGGGAUUGACCGUAUAUUAUGUGAACUAAUAUAUAGUAAAAUUACAUGAAAUUUCAAUUAAAUUUAGUAAUUCGAUAAAAUAAUAUAAUAAAUAAAAAUUGUUCAUUUAUUCGCGUUUACACGGAGUUUGUGCAAGAGUAUGUACUAUUCUGAAGAUUACCACAAAUAAAUGAACAAGAAACGUUAAAUAUAUCAAUUGUUACGACUACUAGUACAACAAGCUAUCGACCUUUAUCUAUAUAAACUUUUAUUUUCAUUACUGGAUAAACUUGGCCAACAGCGAGUACACUGAGGGUCGCUUGCCGUCGCUGUCUCUCUUGCUCUCGUUGUAUUUCGUUCACUUUUUUGGUCAAACGCUACCCAUAAGGCUGACCAUAGCCUUACAACGAAUAGAAGAUCGAUUUCUUGAAUAUGAACCGUGCCGAACCUGGAAAGAUAUUCAUCUUCUAAGGCAUGAAUCUACGAAUGUGAAAUACUAAGGAAAUAAUACAUCAAAACUCACUUUCUUAAUAUUGUCUAACACGUAAACUCUUCAGUGUUCUUUCGAAAAUCUACCACUUGGAAAUCUUUCUGAAAUCAGUGAGCGUUUUAAUCAAUUCCUUACCACGAACCAACGAUUUAAAAGUCUAACAUUAUUCUAGUCUGAUACUAUACUCUAAUUGAAAUUAUCCACGUGGGUUAGUUGAGUUGAACGAAACAUUUGUGCAUUUAGCAUAUUUUAUGCUUGGUGAUACUGCCGCAUCUCUUCUCUACGAAUACAUUUUUUGCUGCACAUUUUUCCAAAGAUCGUCGUAAUAGAAAUUUCUUCUAAAUAAUCUCUGUGAAAUCGAGACCAAACACAGGGAUUAAUUAAUGUAAUGAUUACUCAAAAUUCGAGCAUGUCUUUAUUUACCUCGUUGUCAAUCAAUCGUUAGACACGUACUACUUAGACGAAAAAAUGUGUUGGAACACAAGUAGUAUGCAUUAAUAUUUCCCUACGACCAAGUUCGCUGUAGUCAGCGUACCAAUGCAACAUCGCACGAUAGUUCAAACUUUUUUAAUCCUCUAUCGCUCGUUUCUCGUCUACCUUAACUAUAAAAAAAAAAAUAAAAAAAAAAAAAUCGUAGAUGCAUCUUAUUCGUUACUUUCCAUUUCUUCUUCGUUUCCAAACUGCAAGGAAAAUAAAACAUGCCGAAUAGAUUCAGUUUCGAUGGAAAAAGUGAAAACGAUAAAUCGUAUACAACAGUAAUAUUGUCGACUAAAAGAAAAUGCAAAAAAAAAAAAUAUUAAAAAUAAUGGACUAUGUAAUUUACGGCCUCGUUAUCUCGUCGAUUGAAAAAUUCCGUGUAGUUUAGCAGCAAAACUUUCAAGGCUCUCCCUCGCAAAACUAGCACAUUUCGCGCACUUAUUAAUGUAAACUACUUCGUACUUUCCGCGGCGUCGACUCCACUUGGGAGACUAGUAAUUAAAAGUUAUAUAUGCACCGAACCCCCAUCAAAUAACUGUACGACGAAUAAAAGGAGAUGACAAGUGUGUGUUUACCGACGUAUUACCAAUUUUGUUUAUUAUUGUAGCGUUAAGAUAUCUACGUAAUUUAAGUAACGCGCGUCACGAUGUUGCUCGAAUAUUGUACGUUUUGUAAGGACGCGAAGAUUAACCCUUUGCGCUUGACGACAUUUUUUCCCCAAGGUGCUUAUCAGCUCCAGAAAAUUUUUCGAAUACUUGACGAACUUUUUACAGGCAACAUAAAAAAAAAUGACUUUAUACUCAGAUUUAUGCACGAACUUAUUAUAUUUUAACAUUUUAUAUAUCUUUACAUCUUGAGAAAAAAGAAACGAAAGAUAUUAAUACUAAGUUCUAUACUUUUUACACGAGUCACUUAGCCUUGUAAUAGCGUAAAAUCAAAUUUAUCACUCGGACUGAUUUCACUAUAGAGAUUAAUUUUGAUAGAGCUUCGCAACUUUCGAAACGAUGAAGACUUUAGAAAUCAUUUUCUGCCAUUAUUGUCGAAUCUGAACUUGUGAUCAAGAGUCUUGUCGCUAUUUUACUCUUUCUAAAAGAAUACGAGAAUCGAAAUCUAAUUUAAAGACUGCCGUCUCUCAGUCGCCACUCGAAUUGCCACGUUAAACCCAGUGGCGGCUGAAAGCCGUCACUCGAGUGCAAAGGGUUAAGAUAGUUAAAAGAGCGGUGCGUAAACGUUUACCUCACGACGAACUUCAGAUACGUGCAUUGUACGAAGCAUGAGAGUAUUCCAUUUUCAAAAAUGCACCACGAACAUUCCAGAACUUGUUAAAUUUAUUUACUACUCUCGUCACAUAAAUGUUCGAAACGUUAAACAUGCUUUGAAGUAAUUGUAAAAAUGGGAUACAAACGUACUGUUUACAAAUAAUAAUUAAGAAUGUACCGAAUUUUAUGUAUUCUUCUCGCGAAACGUUGAACUUGAACUCUCCUAUAUUCCAAACGAUUUCUACGCAUUGUGACCACAAUUACUGUAUUCACGAAUUGAAUUUUAUGAAUUGUUGAUAUGUACAGUUAUCGUUUCGUUCGAUUUCUUGCAAGCAAUGCAGUAGAAUGUACAAAGUUAAAGGAGAAAUACGCACAUUAAUAUCGUUCAACUAUUUAAGGAUAUUUUUUUAAACGUGUAUUUGCAUUCUUGGCGAGAUGUACGUGUGCGAAAAGGAAGAAAAUUUCUGAUAAGUUUGAAUGGGUUAUCGGUUGCACGACCGACACACCGAUAACAUUAAACGCGAUCGAUUUACGUGAUUUUGAAGAAUUGGGAUACAUUUACGAUUAUACAAAACGAAACCACGAAUAUUAUAACGGAUGUUCGCGACACGAAUCGAGCAUUGUUUUUUCCUGAAUUGCAGUUACGUUCAACGAGACUCGGAACUUUUCACGAUGGAAGAGUUCGUUUAAUCUGCCAGAGAAUAACAAAUUUCACCGUAACGGCUAAUUUGCAAGCGUGUAAAUUCAAGCGACAAAUGUUAUUCGAGAUAUAGAGUUAUUAGUCCAUUUUUCUGCGAAAUCACGGCAAUAAUACAAAUGUAAAAACAACUCGUGUUAUCUUACGAAUUUAAGAUUAACCGUUCGCCGUCGUAGUCGCUUAAUCCUUGGACCGGAAUAUCGGUAAAACCUCGAAAAUUCCAGCUACGUGCACGGUGUACGAAAUUAUGAUUGAUCACCUCCCGUUAUAAUUUGAAUAAAAUCGGUGCACGUAUUGAAAAUAACAGUCGUAUUUUCAAAAGGAUGGAAAUGUAUUCACGGUCCAACAAUUAAUCACGGCUAUUGUUAAGUCGAUAUUUACGUACGGAAUAUACGUACUUUGAAAUUGGCAACCAAAAAUGGCCGGUAAAGUAACAAAGACGUUCAGCGAACGUCAUUCAUCUCCGGCGUGCGAGCACGUCGGUGAAUUAAUUUAUGUUAAUCCACGUGUAUCUCGUGACGCGCGUACGUAUAUAAAUAUCGCGUCUCGCUCCUUUACACUGUACACGAUGAGCACCGAAAUAUACAUAAAACUGAACGUUACGCUGCAAGCCGGGUAUAAAAUAAAUGCAAAUAAUAUGCAUACACGGAUGCGCCUUACGAGCAUUGUCUGACGCCACUCGUCAGUUCAGAAUUUCGUAGUCUAUCGGCGACAACGGAUUUCGUAUCGUACUGUCAAUUGCGAUGGGGUGAUCGUUAAAAAUCGUCCAAGGAAUCGUUAGACUGUAGCGGUGACUAUGUCCAAUAAUAAUUAGAGACUGACUCCGUCGAUCCUCAAGGGAGUAUUCUCAUUGGCCAACGGGAACGAAAAGGCGUGUCUGGUGGGGAGUACACCACCAACAAAGUGUGUUUCUCUAAGCGGCACCGGUAGAAUAGUAGACUAGUUAGCAUUAAAUAAUUUGCUAAUUAGCUGUCGAGGCACGCCGUCGAAAACACGAAAUUCGGAGAGGAACGGCAAACAAUCAUGGGGAAACAGAACAGCAAACUGAAACCGGAAGUACUAGAGGAUCUCAAACAGAAUACUGAAUUUUCAGAUGCUGAAAUUCAAGAAUGGUACAAAGGGUUUCUGAAGGACUGUCCGAGUGGACAUCUCAGUGUAGAAGAAUUUAAGAAGAUAUACGGAAACUUCUUCCCUUAUGGUGACGCUUCAAAGUUCGCAGAGCACGUGUUCAGGACGUUCGACGCAAACGGCGAUGGAACAAUCGAUUUUCGAGAGUUCUUGUGCGCUCUGAGUGUAACGUCUCACGGCAAAUUGGAGCAGAAAUUGAAAUGGGCCUUCAGCAUGUAUGACCUUGACGGUAACGGCUAUAUCUCGCGACAAGAAAUGAUGGAAAUCGUUACAGCAAUCUACAAAAUGGUAGGUUCCGUGAUGAAAAUGCCAGAGGAUGAGUCCACGCCCGAGAAAAGAACCGAUAAGAUAUUCCUCCAGAUGGACAAAAAUAAGGAUGGCAAAUUAUCGCUCGACGAGUUCAUAGAGGGUGCAAAGAACGAUCCCUCUAUUGUGCGACUGUUGCAGUGCGAUCCUAGUGCACAAGCUCAGUGAAGCCUUGGGCCAUUAUGCAAAUAUUAUCGUGUCAUCCAGAUACGUGAGUCGGGACCCGGUCCGAUAGUGUCCCACAUACAAACAUUACGAUCGCAACGCGGUAUACGUUAGAAGAUAUUCGUUGGGAAACUUAUCAAGCAAAAGUUCUUUCUUUUUUUUUUUUUUUCUUUUUUAAUUACUUUGGUUAUGUCUGAUGUAAAAGUUCGUUACUCGUUGUACAAUAUUGUCCUUACUGUUUCAUAAUAUUUAACUCUCUUCUAUUCUU